UCUAGGCGGCGGCCCGGAAGUGCGUGCGCGCCGGGAAGAUGGCGGCUGCGGCUGGCCCGCUGAGGGAACUGUGCCGCUUCUGCCGCGUGCUGCUCUUCCUGUCACAAUUCUACGUCUUGUCGGGCGGUGGAUCCUUAAAUUUAGAGCAUUCGCAGCCGCUGGCUCAGUCAAUAAGGGAUCCGGGCCCAACACGUACUUUCACAGUAGUUCCCAGGGCAGCAGAAAGUACCGAUAUCCCACCUUAUGUGAUGAAGUGCCCAAGCAAUGGUUUGUGUAGCAGACUCCCUGCAGACUGUGUAGAAUGCAAGACAAAUUUCUCCUGUGUCUAUGGGAAGCCUGCCACUUUUGACUGCACAGUCAAACCUUCCAUUACCUGUGUUGAUCAAGACUUGAAAUAUCAAAAGAGCUUUGUCAUCAACAUGACUUGCAGAUUUUGCUGGCAGCUUCCGGAAACCGAUUAUGAGUGCUCCAAUUCCACGAGCUGCAUGGCGGUGUCGUGUCCUCGGCAGCGGUACACUGCCAACUGCACAGUGCGGGACCACGUUCAUUGCUUGGGUAACCGUACUUUUCCAAAAAUGCUGUACUGCAAUUGGACUGGAGGCUAUAAGUGGUCUACUGCUCUGGCUCUCAGGCAGGCUGGCCUCUGGCCUCAAACAGAUGGUGACUUGGGUCUCCGAUGUGCCUGCGGUCACCACACCAGGCGCGGAGCUGCAGGACUGAGUGUCCCUGCUGACUCACAGCGGAACCCCCACUUACUGAAGCCCCCUCAGCCUAAGGCCGCCAGGAUCACAGUCGCCUGGACAGACGUGAACAUUGGGGUGUAACAGUCACACAGUGGAGGACUCUAACCCCGCGUGCAGCUCAGUGAUUUGAGAACGGAGACUCUUGUGUCCCCACCGCCAGAUCUACAAGGAGAGCAUUCCAGCAGCCAGAGGGUCCCGGCGCCCCUUACUCUCUACCUGACGUCUGUCACCAAAGGUGAACUUUUUCACCCUGCAUUUUCCCUAAAUGUAUUAUCAAUGGAUUCCCGCACCAGUCUUCACUUUGGAUGGCUUCAUGGGUUCACAGAGUUUUGGAAAUAGUCAUACUUUGUUUAACCAGUAACCUGGGGCUGGACCUUUAGGGGUUAGUUCUACGAUUUCUGCCAAGGAGAAUGGAAUGGUUCUGGGCGAGGACCUGCUAAAGGCACCGUUACCUGCGGCCUACCUCCUGGAAACAGCCGGAUGCCUUCCCCCCAGCCCUGGACUUUUGGGGGGAACUUUACGGGGCAACCAGACAGCCCUGGUUAUGAGUAGAGAGGGGCCCCUUGGCCAAGUGGGUUGACCCAGAAGAAUUUAUUUCUCUGUCACCAUUCGAACAUCUGUGUCAUUGAACCGCAGGCCCCAGAGGCGGAACACAUGCGUUUACAUUGCAUCUUGCUGCUCCCGCUUUUCCGCGCCAAGGAGUGGAUGGCAUUGGCCACCGGCCUGUGUCAUUGUCACAUCACUGAAGCUGAAACGUACUUUGUAACUAGGGAGCAUCAGCUUGGUCUGUGGACCGUCAUGGUCAGAUAGAUCGAAGUGUUUCCUAGGAGGUGUCCUCUCAUUUGUCCACAGUAAUCCAAGAGGAUGAAGGGAAGGGAAAGAGAGCUCCUGAAGAAGAGGGAGGAAGAGGGGACCUGGCAUGAGGAGGAGGAGACCACUGGCCUUAUUUUGCCAGGAGGGUUUGUGGUCAUAUAGCACCAUGUUAGGUUUACAAAUAAUGACACCAGCGGCCACUGGUGCUCAAACACAGGAUGCAGACUCUCUGCCUGCAAGUUAUUUUUUCUAAGGAAAAUGAAACUCCAAAAAUAUUUGCACUGACUUUUAAGAAAACGUUUCUGUUCGCGUCACCCAUUUUUAGCUACAUUCCUCAUUUGUAGUCGAGUUUGGAUUCUUCUUUUUAAAGUUUAAAUAGGAAUGGAAGCCAUCCACUAAAGUCGAGGCCAAGAUUAGAGAAAACAUCUUGUAAAUGGAAGGAAGACACUAAAUGGGAAGACAGCCCCUCUCCUCAUUUAAAUGGCAUCCCAGGCAGCCCCUCAGGAGGACCCCUCCUGAUCACCUGCCCCCCACCAUGGGCAGGAAUGGAGGGUGCAGUCUCAGGGCUGCUGUCUUUGAGACACAGGGCCCCGAUGCCUGGCAGGGCCAGGGGAUCCCUCCAGGAUGGGAUGCGAACAUCUCACCGGCUGGCGUGUUCCCCGGGGCAGCAGUGGUAGGUGACAGAGAGCCUGCCGAUUUCCAUCCUGACCCCAGGCCUUGCAGACUUGCGAGAAGGGCGCCAGCUGGCAGACACACAGAGCGAUGGGUCCCAGUUACCUUCUGGAGCUGGAAGAAGAGCAGGAGAGACUGCCUUUGGGGUCCACCGACUGGAGCAGCUGACUUGCCAGGUGGUGGCUGCACCCCUGUCCCCUGCCCGACACUGAGGGGCCACCAGCCUGCCGGAGACACCUCAGUGUGGGCACGCCUGCUGCUUCAUCCUGAGCCCAGCAGAGGCUCGCCCACGAGCCCCUCAGAGCCUUCCUUUCUGCCCAGCUGUAGGGUGGCUCCAGGGAGGGAACACGCAGAGAGGAGAGAACGGCGUGCUGGCCUGGACUCGGGAGUGGAGAGGCCGGGGCCGCAGGCUCGGCCCCUUCUGGCCAGAUACCCGCCGUCUAGUCUCUGCUCUGCGCGGGGCCAGCACCCCCUCUUGGCCGCAGACCCCACUACUUGGCCGCUUAGGGCAGCCCUCCAGCAGGCCUCCCUCUCCAGGUCCAGCCAUUUCUAACUCCCUCCUGGGUUGUGUCCGCCAGCUGGAAACACAUGGCCCCUUCUCCUUUUUCAUGUCAUCAAGACCAGUGUCAAACAAAAAAAUCUUUCUGUGACUCACUUUCCCUGCAGUUACUGCCCCACCCCCUCCUUUUGCGGGGAAAUUCCUGGAGGAGUUGUCUACACCUGCUGCCUCCAAUUCUCCUUCUGUGCUCUCUGGAAGGCACAAGUGGGUGCUGUCCUCCACGGCUGACCCACUGCUCAGUCCCGUCCACUCAUGUUCUCUCAGUGACCCGGGCCCAGCCAUCAUCCCCCCGUGCACUUUCCUCAGGGCCCUUCCCUUGUUCCGUCUCUGCCUCAUCUCCCCCGGGAGGGCCCACGAUGUCCUCAGCUUCUGGUGUUCAUCAGCACUCCCUCGCUUAGUGAGCCCAUCGGUCUCCUGGCCUUGAAUGUUACGACUCCCAAGUGUAUCUCCCACUGGCCUCUCCUUCUGCACCCACCGGGCCACUCAGCUCUCCAGCACGGAGUCCAGAAGCAGCUCGGACCCAGUGUAUCCAGAGCUGACCGUCCGGUGCCCCCACUUCUCAGCCUUAUCCAUCCCGGGAAAAGGCAGCUCCUGUUGCCCAGGCCACACGUUUGAGUCCUCUCAACUUCCCUCCUUUUGUCCCCUCUUCCCCCAAAGUCCACCCACCAUGGGACCACUGUCCCCACCACCAUUGCCACUAUGCUGGCCCUGUCGUCACCGCCUCCUGCCUAGAUUAUUGCAAAUGCUUCCACCUGGCCUCCCCACACCCCUGUGUCCCUGCAGUCUUGCCUCAGCACACAGAGCAACCCUGUCACACAGAGGCUGACUUAUCCCUUUGCUGUUCCAAGUCCCCACGGCUCCCGGCUCAUGCAUGGACAGCCACAGCCCCUGCAAUUGUGAGAGGUCAACAUGACCUGGCCCUGCUCCCCCAGUGAUGUCAUCCCCCCUGCUUGGCCUGGCUCUUCUCCACCUCAGGCCCUCGCUGUCCCCCUCAGGGCCCCUGCCUCAUUUCCUUCAGCAUUUACUCAGAUUCCGCCAUCUUGGAGGCCCCCACAUGACCAUCCCCAACAACCUAUUUAAUUGCAACUUCCCGUCUUCUCCCUGCUUCAUUUUCCUCUUUAUCCUCUCCCUUUCUCUGUAUUUUUUGUGUGUGUCCUGUUUGGUUUGCCUCUCCCAUUCAAGUGUCCAGAAUGUCCACUCCACAAAAACAGGGCACCGUGUCUGUGUGUCCAUUCCUACAUCCCCAGGGCCCAGCUUGGAGCCGACACAAAGCUGGCUCUUGUGGCGAGUGAAGGAACAACUCAGACAGCUAUCCCACGCAGCAUCGCUGGCCCUCACCCUGCCCAGUGAUCGCUGCACAUUUUAGCGGCUCCAUCUGGACACUUACUGGGCACCAAACAUGGAAGGGCACAGGUUAGCCCCAGGCAGGUCUAUGGAAGGAGGAGCCACAGAGCAGAGUGUGCAGAGCUCAGGCACGCAGAACCAUUCGAAAUGAAGUCAUGAGGCAGGCCAGUUCGCAUCAAAGAGGAGAGAACUGGUGAAAUGAUGGAUGGCCGGCCCAAUGUCAAAGACACUGCACUCACAGGGACCUUGGGGACAGCCGUGUGGCCCUCGGGGUUUGCAGGGCUGACCCUCUCCAUGGGAUGCAGAAGUCAAACAGGAAGUGAAGGACGAAACAGUCCAGGAGUGGCCGAGCUGGGACUGCGGUCCUCUGGCACUGGCUAUGCACGCUGGCAAGUCACCCGCCUCUCUGUACCUCAGUUUCCUCAUCUGUAAACUGGGGUACUCGUGAUGUUUAUCUCAUAUGAUUGCUGUGAGCAUUAAGUGAGUAUAGAUAGGUAUAUGCAUACAUGUAUCUGCAUACACUCUGUAUGUAUACUGCACUGUAGACACAUAUUUGCAUCUGUAUCUAUAUCUGUCUACCUCUGGUUUAGAACAAUGCCUGGCACGUAGUAAACGCCAUAGAAGUACUUGCUCUUCAUAUUGUGCAAGCUUAUAAAAUUAUGCUCCAAACUAAUUAACAAUAGAUUCCUUCAUCUUUCAUUCUAAGAAGCUCACAGUUGCAUAUAGGUAGUUUUUUUCAAAAUAUAGGACAAA